AUGAAGUCGUACCAGAAGCUGACGACGGCGGUGCCGCAUCCAGCAGCAUGCAGGGUGGAGGAGGAAGGGGCCACCUCAACAGCCGCCAGCCAUGGGAAGCUGGCGGGCAGCGGGCUGCUGGUGGCUGCUGUACUGCUAAGUGCCAUCACCGUCUGGGUGCUGCGGCAAGUGUCAGGGGGCUGGCCUGGACCCACACUGCCCCCCAAAUGUCUUCUGGUACCUGAAAGCCACCGCUUUGACUGCUACCCAGAGCGGCAUGUGGUGGUGACCCAGGAGCUCUGCGAAAGCCGGGGGUGCUGCUUCAUUGAGAGUCCCCCACCAGUGACAGGCAAGCAGGGGGUGCCCUGGUGCUUCUACCCCCCUGACUUCCCCAGCUACACCCUCGAGAGCCUCAACCAGACAGCGCUGGGCAUGGUGGGGCUGCUGGUGCGAAGGGAGAAGGCCUAUUACCCCCAGGACAUCGAGAUGCUGAGGCUGGACGUGGAGUUUGAGACAGACACGCGGCUGCACAUAAAGAUAACAGAUGCAGCCAACCCGCGGUACGAGGUUCCCCUCGAGGUUCCCCGGGCGAUGAAGAAAGCAGAAAACCCCAUCUACAGCCUGGACUUCUCCCGGGACCCCUUUGGAGUGCUGCUGCGACGCAGAGCAACAGGGACAGUGCUGCUCAACACUACCGUGGCCCCCUUGAUCUUCGCUGACCAGUUUCUCCAGAUAGCCACAUCACUCCCAUCCAGAUUCCUCUACGGGCUUGGGGAGCACCGUGACACCCUCCUGCACAGCCUGGACUGGAACACCCUCACGCUGUGGGCACGCGACGUCUCUCCCACGGAAUCAUUCAACCUUUAUGGCGCUCACCCCUUCUACCUGCUGAUGGAGGAGGGCGGAGAUGCUCAUGGAGUUUUCCUCCUCAACAGCAAUGCCAUGGAGGUGGCCCUGCAGCCUGCUCCGGGCCUGACCUGGAGAACCAUCGGGGGGGUGCUGGAUUUUUACAUCUUCCUGGGGCCUGAUCCCAACAUGGUCAUCCAGCAGUACCAGCAGGUGAUAGGUUUCCCAGCCAUGCCACCCCUGUGGGCACUCGGCUUCCACCUCUGCCGCUGGGGCUACGGAUCCAGCAACGAGACUUGGCAGACUGUGAGAGCCAUGAGGAACUACCAGAUCCCCCAGGAUGCACAGUGGAAUGACAUCGAUUACAUGGACGGGUACCGGGACUUCACCUUCGAUCCCCAGAAGUUUGCCUCCCUCCCCUCGUUGGUGGAAGAUCUCCACAAACACGGGCAGCGCUACGUUAUGAUCUUGGAUCCUGGCAUCAGCAGCACCAACCCUCACGGCUCCUACUGGCCUUUCGAUGAAGGCUUGAGACGGGGCUUGUUCCUAAACACCACCCAAGGGCAGCCGCUCAUCGGGCAGGUCUGGCCUGGCUUCACUGCCUUUGCAGACUUCUCCAACCCCGACACGCACCAGUGGUGGCUGGAGAACCUGCAGCGCUUCCAUGCUCAUGUGCCUUUCGAUGGCAUCUGGAUUGACAUGAAUGAGCCAUCCAACUUCAUGGAUGGGUCUGAAGAUGGCUGCCCACCGGGAGAGCUUGACAGCCCACCAUACACCCCAGCCGUGCUGGGCGAUUCCCUCUCUGCAAAGACGGUGUGUGCCUCGGCGAAGCAGAAAGCCUCGGUGCACUACAACCUCCACAACCUCUACGGGCUGAUGGAAGCCAAAGCUACGGCGAGCGCCUUGAUCCAGAUCCGAGGGAAGCGCCCCUUCAUCAUCUCCCGCUCCACCUUCCCCAGCCAGGGCCGGUACUCGGGGCACUGGCUGGGGGGCNCGUCCUCCUGAUGGUCGCUGCCCACAGGGCUGUUGAGCUUCAGCCUCUUCGGCAUCCCGCUGGUCGGGGCGGACAUCUGCGGCUUCUCCGGCAGCACCUCGGAGGAGCUGUGCACCCGCUGGAUGCAGCUCGGCGCCUUCUACCCCUUUGCCCGCAACCACAAUACCCAGAACGAGAAGGCCCAGGACCCAACAGUGUUCAGCCCUGCGGCGAGGACGGCCAUGAAGGACGUGCUGCUGACACGCUACUCCCUCCUGCCCUUCCUCUACACCCUGUUCCACCGUGCCCACGUGCAAGGGGACACCGUUGCCCGGCCCUUGUUCUUUGAGUUCCCCCAGGAUGUGGCCACCUUGGGGCUGGACAAGCAGUUCCUGUGGGGCCGGAGUCUGCUGGUGACGCCGGUGCUGGAAAGGGGUGGGGAUGGCUGCUCCCCAGACCUAUGCCCAAGCCCACCGCUGUGCCCUUGGCCCCCUCACACUCGUUGUCUCUCACCACCUGCCCAGGGCUUCUCGGUGAACAGCAGCGGGGAGAUGCUGAAGAUGUCAGCUCCCCUGGAGCACCUCAACCUGCAUGUCCGGGAGGGUGCCAUCCUGCCCACCCAGAAACCGGGGACCACCAGCGAGGUGACUCGAGGGAACCCCCUGCGCCUCAUUGUAGCCUUGUCCUCGAGUGCCACUGCCUGGGGUGACCUCUUCUGGGACGAUGGCGAGAGCCUGGACACCUUUGAGCAGGGCAGCUACUCCUACCUGGUGUUCAACGUCACGCAGAACGUCUUCACCUCCACUGUCCUUCACGCCAGCACUGAGGCCACCGAGGUUACCAUUGACACACUGAGCAUCUUUGGGGUGCGGGAGCCACCCAGCAAGGUCCUCCUCAACGGCCAGGAGAAGCCAUUCUCCUACCUGGAUAACCAAGUUCUCACCGUGAGCAACCUGGGCCUCAGCCUCAGCCAGGGCUUCUCCCUGCAGUGGCUGUGA